AUGGAGCGGCGGAGCGGGCCCGGGCUGGCGCUUCUGGGCGCCUUGGGCCGGCGGCUGCUCUGGGCGCUGCCCGCUUACGCCGCGGGGCUGCUGGGGCUGGGCGCGGGCGCCGUCGUGCUCGCUCUCGCGCUCUACGCGGGCUGGCGGCGGCGGCGGCGCGCCCGGGAGCGCGGGAUGCGCGCGGCCGAGCGCCUGCAGCGCGACGAGGAAGCGGCCGUGCGCGCCGCCGCCGCGGCCGCCGGGCUGGGCGCGGCCCGCGGGGAGCUGCCGGCCUGGGUCAGCUUCCCGGAUGUGGAGCGGGCGGAAUGGCUCAACAAGGUGCUGGCGCAGGCCUGGCCGUUCCUGGGCCAGUUCCUGGAGAAGCUGCUGCAGGAGAGCGUGGCCCCGGCCAUCCGCGCCUCCAGCGCCCACCUGCAGACCUUCACCUUCACCAGGGUGGACGUGGGCCAGAAGCCCCUCCGUGUCCUGGGGGUCCGAGCCCACCCUGGAACCCACAACAAGCAAAUCCUGCUGGACCUCAACAUCAGCUACGUGGGUGACGUCCAGAUCGACGUGGAGGUGAAGAAGUUCUUCUGCAAGGCGGGGGUGAAGGGGAUGCAGCUCCACGGGAUGCUCCGGGUCAUCCUGGAGCCCCUCCUGGGGGAGGCGCCCAUCGUGGGGGCGCUCACCAUGUUCUUCAUCCGCCGCCCGACGCUGGACAUCAACUGGACAGGGAUGACCAACCUGCUGGACAUCCCCGGGCUCAGCUCCAUGUCGGACACGCUGAUCAUGGACAGCAUCGCCUCCUACCUGGUGCUGCCCAACCGGCUCCUGGUGCCGCUGCUGCCCGACCUGCCCGAGGCCGCGCGGCUCCGCUGGCCCCUGCCGCGGGGCGUGGUGCGGGUGACGCUGGUGGCCGCGCGGGCGCUGCGCUGCAAGGAUCGCUUCAUGGGCGGGCUCGUGGAGGGCCGCUCGGACCCGUACGCGGUGCUGCGCGUGGGGACACAGGCGGCCACCAGCCGCGUCAUCGGCGACAACAACGACCCCCGCUGGGACGAGGUGUACGAGUUCAUGGUGCACGAGGUGCCGGGCCAGGAGCUGGAGGUGGAGCUGUUCGACAAAGACCCCGACAAGGACGAUCUCCUGGGCAGGAUGAAGCUGGACCUCGGGGAGGUGCUCAAAGCACGGGUGAUGGAGGAGUGGUUCCCGCUGCAGGAGGGGGGGCAGGGCCGGCUCCACCUGCGCCUGGAAUGGCUCUCGCUGCUCUCCGACGCCUCCAAGCUGGACCAGGUUUUGGAGAGGAACCGGACAAUCGUGGCCAAACCCGACCCCCCCUCCGCCGCCAUCCUGGUCGUGUACCUGGACAGGGCUGAGGGGCUGCCCGUAAGGAAGCCAGGCAAGGAGCCAAACCCCGUGGUUCAGGUGUCGGUGCAGGACGUCACGAGGGAGAGCAAGGUGGUCUGCAACACCUCGGCCCCCGUCUGGGAAGACGCUUUCCGCUUUUUCCUGCACGACCCCCGGAACCAGGACGUGGAUUUCCAGGUGAAGGACGACCCCCGCCAGGCCCCUCUGGGCUCGCUGUCGCUGCCGCUGUCGCGGCUCCUGCAGUCGCCGUCGCUGUCGCUGGCCGAGCCCUUCCCGCUGCAGCGCUCGGGGCCGGGGGCGCGCCUGCACCUCCAGCUGGUGCUGCGGGUGUUGUUCCCGGAGCCCCCCGAGCCCGGCGAGGCCACCCCGGGACAAGUGGAGCCCCCCAAAAGUGACAUCGAGGGACCCCCCCCCAGACCGAGCCGGGCCAGCCCCGACCCCCGGUUCGGCACCGAGCGCGUGCUGCGGAUCCACCUGCUGGAGGCGGAGGAUUUGGUGGCCAAGGACCAGCGGCUCGGGGGGCUCGUGCGGGGCCGCUCGGACCCCUACGCCAAGGUCCGCGCGGGCGGGAGGAGCUUCCGCAGCCGCGUGGUGCGCGAGGAGCUGAACCCGCGCUGGAACGAGAGCUACGAGGUGAUCGUGGACGACGUCCCCGGGCAGGACGUGGAGUUCGAGCUCUUCGACAAGGACAUCGACAAGGACGAUUUCCUGGGCCGGUGCAAGGUGCCCCUGAGGAGGGUCCUGAGCGGCCGCGUCGUGGAUGAGUGGCUGCCGCUGCAGGACGUGCGCUCGGGCCGGCUCCACGUGCGCCUGGAGAGCCUGGAGCCGCGGGGGAGCCCCGCGCUGCUCGAGCGGGUGCUGCACACCAACAGCCUCCUGCAGCCCGCCCGCGGCGAGGAGCUCUCGGCCGCGCUGCUCUGCGUCUUCCUGGACCGAGCCGCCGAGCUGCCGCUCCGGAAGGGCUCCAAGCCCCCCGCGGCCCUCGCCAGCCUGGCCGUGCGCGAUGUCUCCUUCAAGACCAAGACCUGCGCCCCCUCCACGGAGCCCGUGUGGGAUGAAGGCUUCUCCUUCCUCAUCAAGCGGCCGCACGCCGAGUCGCUGGAGCUGCAGGUGAAGGACGAAGGCGGGCAAGCCCUGGGCACCUUCAGCUUGCCGCUGGCCCAGCUGCUGGCCCAGGAGGGGCUGGCGAUGGACGGCUGGGUGCCGCUGGCCGGGGGCGGCGCCGGCGCUCAGCUCCUGCUGCGGGCGCAGCUCGGGGUGCUGGUGUCGCAGCAGGUGGAGGAGAGGGCUGCCAGCAGAGUCCCCGAGGGGGGGGACACGGAGCCGCGGGAGGAGGAGGAGGAGAAAGGGGAUGAAGAUGAGGAGCGCGGGGCGGGGGGGCUGCGCCAGCGCCUGCCCCCGGCGGACAGCCGCCCCGAGCCCCCGCAGGGUCCGCGGGUGCAGCUCUCGCUGUGGUACCACCAGGAGCAGCGCAAGCUCGUGGCCAUCGUGCACGCCUGCAGGGAGCUGCGGGCGGCGGCCAAGGAGCUGCCGGACCCCUACGUGUCCCUGGUGCUGCUCCCCGACCGCAGCCGCGGCACCAAGAGGAAAACGGGCGUGCAGAAGAGGACCCUGAACCCCGACUUCAACGAGAGGUUCGAGUGGGAGCUGCCCCUGGAGGAAGCGGCGCGGCGCCGGCUGGAGGCCACCGUCAAAUCCACCGUGUCCUUCGUGACCCGCGAGAAGGAGGCGCUGGGCAAGCUCCAGCUGGACCUGGCACAGGUGGAUCUGUCCGAGGGAGAACCGCGCUGGUACGAGUUGCAGGACGAGCGAAGCAUCCCCUAAAUCUGGGGACCCCCCGGACCCCCCCAGUCCCCAUGGGGAGGGCGAGGGGGGGCCCGGGACCCCCCCGGCUGCUGCCGCCCCCCCCCCCCCCCGACCAAAGACGCGCCGGGCCGGGCCCCCCCCGCGCCCCCCAGACUGUUACGAACCUCGUGCCUUUCACCCCCCACCCCCCGAGCGCCCCCCGGCACCGGGGGGACCCCCGGGGUUGUGUCCCCCGGUGUCCCCCCCCCCCACCAAAGGGGGACGCUUGUUCGAGCUGCUGCUGCCACCGCCGGGACGUCCCCAAGAUGUCACCGCCGGGAUGUCCCCGGGAUGUCGCCGGGAUGCCACUGCCGUGAUGCCACCACCGUGCCGCCACCGGGAUGUCACCGCGCCGCCACCGCCGCGCCCACCGCCUCGCUGCCUUCCCGGGGCUGCGCCCCCGUCCCCCCGCCCCCGCGCUAAUAAAGGAGGGAGGACACGG